UUUCAAUGUCAACUAUUUACAAGAUCAAAACUUGAUGAAAUUGCAAUAAAACUUACACAGGAUUCAAUAAGUUCUGGAGUUAAUGGCAGUUUUAAUAGUUAUAUUGAUGGAUUAGGUAAUUAUGAUGUUAAUGUGUUACAAGCAGCUUUAGAAGAACAUGAUUUAGAAACUCAAUGGUUUGAUUCUAGAAAAGAUAUUCGUACAUUAAUACAAUUUAAUGACAAAACACUAUUUGGAUUGAUAUUAAAUGUUAUGCAAACUAAAUUUUAUUUUUGGAAAUCCAAUCAUUGGUUUGCAAUUAAACCAAUGUUUGAUAACAUUAAUAAUAAUAAUGGAGAUGAUGUUAGUGAUGGGGAUGAAUAUGUCACCAACAAAUUAUUAUUAGAGGAUGCUACAGUUUGGAAUUUAGAUUCAAAAUUAUCAAAACCUCAUAAAUUUUUAAAUUCAGAAGAGAUUUCUUGA